GAGUAAUUGACAUUGAACAUCUUUUAUUCAUUUCAACACAAUGUAAAAUAGACCAGUCUAAUGAAGUCCUGCAUUUAUGUCACUACAAUAUAAUUUCUGGAAAUUCCAUUGGCAGUAUUAUCUCCAUGAUGGGAGAAAAGUUUGAUUACUUUCCCUUUGUAUGCACACAUCUGGUUCCUCCAUAUGUAAUUAAAAGCCUCAUCAAUGCAAAAGAUACAGAUUCAUACUGACUUUGAUUGAUAAGUUUGAUUUGAUCAAAUGACUCGCGUUCAAGUAUUCGACUGUUGAACUUUCUUGGAAGUUACAAAUACAUGAAUAUUAUUUUUAAUACAAAUAAAUCAAUUUGUCUACCGAAAGAGGAUUUUCAAACUGUUUGCCUUGCUAUUAAAUUGAACUUCCAUGUUAUAAAUUUGCGUCCAUAAAGGCAUCACAAUUAUAUCCAAUGAGAAGUUCUUCGGAGCGUGAUAAUGUUUACUGGUACAAACCCGGGUCUCUUGGACGAUCAUCACAGGGGAGUAGCUCAAGCACUAUUGGUCAGUCGAUUGUAAUACCAGUUGUUCAUUUAGGUGCCUCUAGAGGAUCCAUUUCAUCAAGUUCAUACACAAUGGCUUCUCAUUCUUCUGAAAGUCUAGAUAACACACCAAAUGCUCUGCAAACUGAUAACGGCGAAAGUACUAAAUCUACAUUUAGAUCUUCAUCGGUCCUUACUACUGGUAAUCGGCCAAUAAAUCGACCUGCACCACCACUUACAGAUCCUGAAGCUGAAGUCGAUGCUUUAACAAAUCUCUUAAUGCAAAGCAUGGAAACUCGGUCGUCUGUAUCUUCGGUCGGAGCUUGCGGGACAUUAACUUCUGGGCCAGACGGAGUCAAUUCUUCUCCAGCUGGGAGUUUACGGCGUGGGAGUGGUCUCAAUUCUCAGUUUGGACGUUUGCAACAACACUCAGGCCUAACUUCCGCUGCUGGAGGGAAUGUGAAUGGUGGUCGAGGUAGUCCAUUGGCAGCAGCAGUCACUUCUUCAACAACUGGGAGCUCAUCAACAAACUCUCCCACUGAAUCAGCUUCUAGUAUGUGUAAUUCUAGUGAUACUGCCAGCGCAAUGACCAAUGCAACUGCGGGUCAAAACAUAUGUUUUCGAUGUCGUCGUCCACUUGUCCCUCCGGAAGGUACCACACUUAGUGGCAGUUUAACUUCGACAAACAACGUUGUGACUCUAACAGGCGCUUUAGGUGUAAAACUUCAUGUGGCUUGUUUUACAUGUUAUCGUUGUGCUGCUCCACUGAAGUCAGAUGCUUACUACCACAAUCUACGACGUUUGUUAUGUCCAGCCUGUGUACGUGAUGGGGCUGUCGAGGCAUGUUCAAACUGUCAUAGACCCAUAGGUGAUAGAGUAGUUCACGCUCUUGGGAUGCCCUAUCAUCCCAACUGCUUCGUCUGUGUAGUAUGCGCAGGUAGACUAGAUUCUCGACCUUUUACCAUUGAUGUUCAUGGUCGAUUACAUUGUCUUACUGAUUUUCAUAAACGAUAUGCACCAAGAUGUGCGUCAUGUGGAAGACCAAUUGUACCAGAUGCUGGAUGUCAAGAAGCACGUCGUGUUGUCUCAGGAAACUCAAACUAUCAUUUAGAAUGUUUCGGAGUCCAAACACUACCUCAAAGCUUAAAUAUAAAGUCAUCAGCAUUUAAAGUUAGCGGUAGUAUUGCCAGUUAGUAAUAUUACAGCGAAGAGAAUAUACAUCAAUGUACGUCGAUAUUACCAGAGAUUUCCUAGAACCUUUAUUCUGAGAUCUACAUAAGCAGAAUCUGAUACAGAUUUUUGGCUUUACAUCAGAAGCUUUAUGACAUUUAUUCGCGUAAUACACAAUAAACAGAAACUUGGAUGAUUUCCCUCAUAUAAUUUAUGAGCUAAUACCAACUUCAUUUCUCAUUCUGAUGACUUUUUCAAUGGCAAAUUUAUGAACUGCUUAGUGCUUCUAUUCAACGUUGUUUACACAUUACAUGUCCUAACUUCCUUUCUUCAUUCAGUACACUUCUCUCUGUAACUGUAAAAACCACUCAGUACUAACAAUAUUCCCUUAUAUAAAUUGUAUACAUUAGCUUCAGUUUUU